GCGGGCGGCGGGAGCGCAUGGCAGGUGGCGGGAAGCGGAGGCCGCGCGGCGCGGCGGGACCGGCCGGAGAGCAGAGUGAAAAAAAUGGAGCUGUCAAGAAGAGAAGAUCAAACCAGGCAGAUGUUCCUGACAGUCUUUGCCAAGAAGCAGAAACAUGCUAUCGGCUUAGACUGCCUGAGGACUUCUAUCAGUUUUGGAAGUUUUGUGAGGAACUAGACCCUGAGAAACCAAGUGAUGCACUUGUGUCAAGUGUUGGACUUAAACUGGUUGGACCAUAUGAUAUUCUUGCUGGAAAACACAAAAAAGCAAAAGCAACAGAUGUGAACUUCAAUCUUCAUUGGAGAUUCUUCUAUGAUCCUCCAGAAUUUCAGACUGUACUUGUUGGGGAUAGCAGAACACAAUAUCACCUGGGAUAUUUCAGGGAUGUGCCAGAUGAGCUCCCAGUGUGGGUUGGUGCAAAUGAAGCGAAGAAGGGUUGUGUGAUUUCACAAGUCGGUGAUAAUGUCUUUGCUGCAGUCAAAUUAUUUUUGUCAAAAAAACUUAAGGAAGUGGCUGAUAAAAAGAAAAAUGCUGUUUUGAAAGACAUAGAUGAAAAGCUAACAAGAGCAGCAAAAGAACUGGGUUAUUCUCUGGAACAGAAAACUGUGAAGAUGAAACAGAGAGAUAAGAAAGUGGUGACCAAAGCAUUUCAUGGAGCAGGCCUAGUUGUUCCUGUAGACAAAAAUGAUGUUGGAUACAGAGAACUUCCUGAAACAAAUGCUAAUCUUAAAAAAAUUUGCAAGGCCAUUGUUGAUGCACCGACUGAUGAGGAGAGAGUGAAGGCCUUUGCACCCAUUCAAGAAAUGCUGACUUUUGUUCAGUUUGCUAAUGAUGAAUGUGAUUAUGGAAUGGGGUACGAGCUGGGCAUGGACCUGUUUUGCUAUGGAUCACAUUACUUCCACAAGACAGUGGGCCAGCUGCUGCCUCUGGCUUACACCCUGCUGAAGAGGAACCUCUUUGCCGAAAUCAUCGAGCAGCACCUGGGCAACCGGCGGGAGGAGGGCCUGGAUCGGCUGGCGCCCUGAGCCGGGAACGGGGGCUGUGGCUGGGGGCGGCCCUGCGCGCCCGGACCGGCCUUGUCUGUGUGUCUGUGGGUCUUUUUGUACUCGGUGGCGGUGUCCCCUCGGUCAGUAAAGGUUUUCUAAGGAACGCGCUGCUUCCCGCUGCUGGCUGCGCACGGCGGGCCCGGGACGGGGAGCGGGGCUGAGGAGCUGCGGGGCGGAGCUGCGCACGGGCGGGGCUGUGGGGCACACGGCGGCCUGCCCUGCCCCGCAGGCCCCGGCAGCCGCAGCCGGCCGGGGCUGCUGCGCUAGGGCAGCACGGAGAGGGCGGGCCGCUGCACAGCGCCGCUCCGAGCUCCUGCGGGCAUCGCAGGGAGCCGCUGGGGCUCCGUCACCACCCCCUUCCUGUGCCAUAUGCAAACCGAUCCCCACGUCUCUGCUCCACGUGAUGGUUCUGCCCUUCUCCAUUUCUCCACUUGUGUCCUACCGCUCAGGUAAAGCGUUCCCUUACUGCAGCAUUCCCUUCUGUGACAAAGCACUAUCCCUGUUCCUGCACUGCUGGAGCUGGUUCAGGUGGGAGGAAACUGAUGGGAUGAAGGAAAUGCUAACUGACAUUACAAGAUAAAUUAGGAAUUCCACUGCAGUUGCUGCCUUGCUAAUAAGAAGAAGCCAUCUCCAGUUUUAAAUAUUUUAAAAUUAAACCCAAGUGAUUUUGUACAAGGCGCAAAUUAAUUGCUUUCAAGGUCCUUAGUCCCCACUUCUGUGUUUCUGUUACUGCACUUGGAGGUUUAUUCUCUGACUAUUAAAGCAACAAAAACAAUGGGAAAUAACACUGGCUCUUACUCAACAGCCCUGCCACCAUCCAGUGACUUGACUUCCACUGUAGCAAUUCACAUUAGUACUAUUGACAGCAAUACUAAUUACUACUGAAAGAUUAUAGGCCAGUAGCACCAUGCUAAAAUGUAAGCAAUUCAUACUCUUUUAAGCAAAGGAUUGUCAGUUACAUGUUACUUCAUGGUAGAAGGGAGCAGUGGAGGUACAAUAUAGGUUAGAGUGCUGCAAAAGUGUUGUGAGUUUCAAAUGCACAGGGUACUCACAUGCCACAGCUGCUAGUGCAAAUUUUACAACUUUACCCCUUUCAUUCAGCAUAUUAAUGUCCCAGUUACUCAAGCACGGACGAACACGCACUCAUUCAUAGGCCUAGAGGUUUUUUUGCACAUAAAAACCAGUUUUUUUCCAUCUCAUUUCCAUCUCCUUUUUGUUUCAAGUACAGGAGACCUUAAUAUCAUGCUGUACAGGCCCUGUAAAUCACACAAGUACUAAAACAGUAGAAUCAUGGAAAGGUUUGAGUUGGAGGGGACCUUAAAAAUUCAGCUUUUUAACUGUUACUUAAAUAUUAACUUAGAUCUGCAAAAAUGAGGACCUGAGACUGGGCAUCCAUAUUCAUGUAUUUACCCCUGAUGGAGAAGGAAAUCUGUUAGAGCAGCUGCAGCAUGACUGAUGUGCUGUGUAUGAAUGAACUGAGACGGACUUUUUAGCUGGGCCUGCUGCGCUAGGACAAGGGGUAAUGGUUUUAACUAAAAAAGAGUAGAUUCAGACUAGAUAGGGGGAAGACUUUUAUUAUGAGAAUGGUGAAAUAUUGAAAUGGGUUGCCCAGAAGGGUGGUACCUGUCCCUCCAAGUGUUCAAUGGGUGGGGCUCUGAGCAACCAGUCUCAUGGAAGGUGUCCCUGCCCAUGACAGGAGGGUUGGAAUGAGGUGAUCUUUAGGCUCCCAUCCAAGCCAAGUCAUUCUAUGACGUGUACAUCAUCAACAGACGGUUUUCAGACAAUAAAAGGAUCAUCCAUUUUUAAGUAUUUUAAAUCAAAAGGAUUUUGUUUAAAUUCUGUAAUUAAAACAGAAUCUUAAGUGUUUAUUCUGGAAAAAUACCCCACCUAAGGCAGAUCAGUUUGAUGGGGUAGAUUUGGCUACUAAUUUUUAGCCAAAUGCUAGACAAUGCAAAUACUGCAU